UGAAAGAAGGAGUUUUGACGGUUACAAAAAGAUGUUUAAUGUCGUGACCGAUAUUUUGCUGAUCUUUUUGUCAUUAUAUUUUAAAUAUUGAUUUUCUGCCAGGUUGUGCACCAGCGGCAGGUGAAGGGAUCCCGAAACCCGGCACAAUCUGCCCCGCACACACUCCUGUGUGAAAACAACACACUCCUCGCUGAUAGCGCAUGAAGUAGCUCCGUUUUUUGGAAUCUUGUGUGCAUUUUUAUGGAGAACAGAUAAAAAUAGCCACUCCAAUUUUCCUAGUCGGUUGUUGCUUUUUCUCGGCCCUGGCAGACCCCUACAGACCAGCAUUCUUGCCAGAGAGCCAAGAUAUGUCCUAGACGAGCUUCACACACACACACACACACACACACACACUGCCCUGCUCGGUUCACAGACACAGUCCUCCUGUUGAGGGCCGUUUUUCAAAAUAAUCAAAUGGGAUUUUAUGUAGACGUACAUGUUUCGCUUUCAUGGAUGAAUUCCAUCCUUUCAUUGAAGCACUGCUGCCCCAUGUGAAAGCGUUUGCCUACACUUGGUUCAACUUGCAGGCCCGCAAGAGAAAAUACUUCAAGAAGCACGAGAAGCGCAUGUCUAAGGAAGAGGAGCGAGCCGUGAAGGACGAACUGCUCAGCGAGAAGCCAGAGGUCAAGCAGAAGUGGGCAUCGCGGCUGCUGGCCAAACUACGCAAGGACAUCCGGCCGGAGUUCCGCGAGGAUUUUGUGCUCACUGUCACCGGGAAGAAGCCCCCUUGCUGUGUGCUCUCCAACCCCGACCAGAAGGGCAAGAUCAGGAGAAUCGACUGCCUGCGUCAGGCGGACAAAGUGUGGCGCUUGGACCUGGUCAUGGUGAUUUUAUUCAAAGGUAUUCCGCUUGAAAGUACUGACGGCGAAAGGCUGGUUAAGUCUCCUCAGUGCUCGAAUCCAGGGCUGUGCGUGCAGCCGCAUCACAUAGGAGUUUCCGUAAAAGAGCUCGACCUGUACUUGGCCUACUUUGUGCAUGCAGAAACGGGGCAGUCUGAAAGUCCGAACCAGCCCAGUGAAAGCGACAUCAAGGACCAGCCAGAAAAUGGGCACCUUGGCUUCCAGGACAGUUUCAUCACAUCAGGUGUCUUCACCGUCUCUGAGCUCGUGCGAGUCUCACAGACCCCCAUCGCGGCAGGGACGGGGCCCAACUUCUCGUUGGCAGACCUGGACAGCUCUUCCUACUACAGUAUGAGCCCUGGGGCCAUGAGGCGCCCCCUACCCAGCACUUCUUCUAGCAGUUCUGCAAAGCGUAUCAAAUGCAUGGAGGAUGAGGUGGACAGCCCGGGAGAGGAGUCCUACUACCCAGGUCAGGGACGCUCGCCUGGAAGCGUCAGCCAAGCCAGCAGCUGGCAUGAAGUAGAGCCAGCUGGAUAUAAACUGCGUGGCUCGCUAGCUAGUUCGUUCAUCUCAAGACAAGGGAUGCCAUCGCCUACCACAUUAAAGAAGUCAGAGAAGUCUGGUUUCAGCAGCCAUGUGCCUUCGCAGACCGCUUCCCCUCGAACGGCAUUCACACACCAUCAUCGACCUGUCAUUACAGGACCCAGAGCGAGUCCUCACGCCACGCCGUCAAGUCUUCAUUUCCCGACAUCGCCAAUCAUCCAGCAGCCCGGCUCGUACUUCUCCCACCACGCCAUCCGCUACCACCCCCAGGAGACGCUCAAGGAGUUUGUCCAACUUGUCUGUCCUGACAGUGGUCAGCAAGCUGGACAGGUGGGCUUCCUUAAUCCCAAUGGGAGCAGUCAGGGGAAGGUGCACAACCCAUUCCUGCCCACUCCCAUGUUGCCGCCUCCUCCACCUCCCCCGAUGGCACGACCCGUGCCCCUGCCCGUGCCAGACUCCAAACCUCCCUCCACCUCCACCGAGGGAGGCGGCAACUCCCCCACCUCGCCAACCUACUCCACACCGAGCACGUCUCCUGCUCAGCGCUUUGUCAGCGUGGGCCCCAGAGACCCCAGCUUUGUAAAUAUCCCUCAGCAGCCUCAGUGGUACCUGGGCUAAAGACUCCCGUCACGGACCGGCCGCUCCCGAGGUCACACGACCACCCCCUCUGUCUCCCCUGAGUACGACCCGCAAACAUGUACACCAGUCUGAACAGAGAGAAGCCACUUGCUGCCCCAGUACCGGACAGACCCACAGCAUGGCUCCAGCAGAACCCCGCCAAGCCCUGGAACAAGAGGAACCGACUCAACACGCUUACACCUACUUACUAUAUAUCUAUAUAGUCCAUAUGUAUUCUUCCAUAUGUAUGGUUUACAUGCCUAUAUUCAUAUAUAGUAGCUGUCCAGCUCUUCUGAGGGUGGAGCUCAAAAAAAAAAGAAGAGCUUUGUUUUUUCGGAAAUGUGCACGUUUUUUUUUUUUUUUUGUUGUGUUUUUUUUU